UUUUUUUGAGAUUAUAUUUCCCUUUAUAUAGGGAAUUCUUGUUUGAUUGAUUGUAGUCUUGUGUUGAGCAUAGAAUUGGUGUUUAGUUCGGUGCAGGAGUCAUAGAAAAGGCAGGAGUUUUGCUAAUUCGAGUAUGUGCAAUUUUGACAUUACUAGUGCAGUGUUUUUUUGAAAAAUAAAAAUAAACAAGUUAUUGGACAUUUGUUGUUAAACUGUGACGUAACCAAAGAUAAUGGAUCGUGAACUUAAUUGAGUGGAGCGGCCGCGGUCCCGGUGGCUAGGGUGCCUGCGACUGGCUCGGGCCUCGAGGAUGGGACUGACGCACUGAGCUCCCCGCUGGCCAGACAGGCGGUAGGAUGGACAAGUCUCUGCUCGUGCUCAUGGUCGCAGCCUUGAAUCAUGCCGAAGGGUCUCAAGUCGUGGAGCAGCGGUCGUGUGCUCACGUGUACCGGAGCGUGGAGCACCUGUCCGUCCAGCGUUCCCCGUACGAAGACUCCUCGGAGGACUACUCCACAGCCGAGAUACUGGAUAUCGGGGGACAGAAGGUGGAGAAAUGCACCAAGUCUACCAACCACUGCUACGCCCUUUGGCAAGAAGACACGUCUAGCAAUGGCAGCACUGUUAUAAUCAUGGGUCAAGGCUGCUGGGAGAGCUCCGGCAAGCAGGACUGCGAGCGCCCGCAGUGUGUGGCCGACAAGAAGCCGCCCAAGGCCCUCAACAACACCAAGUUCUGCUGCUGCGCCAGCGACCUGUGCAACCUGAACGUGUCGGACAUCUACGUGCCGCCCGCCGACACCCGCUCGCUCCUCACCGCAACUCAGCAGUACCUGGACCAAGUGAGCGAGCUGCGAGUGCUGUACAUCGCGCUGUCCUGCACGCUGGGGCCCGGCUUCGUGGUGCUGGUGGCGCUGGCACUCUACUGGCUGCGACACAACUACACCCACGGCAAGGGCAAGCACUCCCCGGACACCAUGCACCUCAUGGAGGGGGGCCUGCACCUGGGCGGCUACACGCUCGAGCACCUCAAGCUGUCUGCCAUCGUCGGCCAGGGCCGCUACGGCUCCGUGUGGAGGGGCUCCGUGCACGACCAGGAGGUGGCCGUCAAGAUCUUCCCCAGCCACUACCGCGGCUACUUCCACAACGAGCGCGACCUCUACAGCCUGCCCUUCAUCGACAACCCCGCGCUGCUCUCCUACUACGGGUGCGAGGAGCGCGUGGGGCCGGACGGCUGCGUGGAGUACCUGCUCGUGCUGUCGUACGCCCCCAACGGCUGCCUGCAGGACUACCUGCGGAGCAACACGCUGGACUGGCCCACCUUCUGCAAGAUGGCUCUGACCGUCGCCAAGGGCCUGGCCCACCUGCACACUGACGUCCGCAAGGGAGACAAGGUGAAGCCGUGCGUGACGCACCGGGACCUCAACACGCGCAACAUCCUGGUGAAGGCAGACCUGAGCUGCUGCCUCUGCGACCUGGGCUUCGCCAUGAAGAUCUGUGGCUCCAAGUACUUCUGCAACGGGGAGGAGCAGCACGCCGAGACCAAGUCCAUCAAUGACGUGGGCACGCUGCGCUACAUGGCGCCCGAGGUGCUGGAGGGGGCAGUGAACCUGCGCGACUGCGAGUCCUCGCUGAAGCAGAUCGACGUGUACGCGCUGGGGCUGGUGCUGUGGGAGCUGGCCUCCCGCUGCAGCGACCUGUGUCGCCCGGGCUCCGAGGUGCCGCCCUACCGCCUGCCCUUCGAGGCCGAAGUCGGCCACCACCCGACCUUCGAGCAGAUGCAGGUGCUGGUGUCGCGGCACAAGGCCCGCCCCUUGUUCCCGGAGCCGUGGCGGGACUGGGCCGCGGUGCGGCUGGUCAGGGAGACGGCGGAGGACUGCUGGGACCAGGACGCAGAGGCCCGGCUGACCGCGCUGUGCGUGGAGGAGCGCAUGCAGGAGCUGCCCGCGCUCUGGGACCGCCAGCGAGGAGUGAGUCCGACGGUGAACCUGACUCACGCGGGCGCCCAGCCGCCCGUCUGCAGGCCCAGCAUCAACAACGGCUCCAUGCUGAUUGGCUGCGACAGCAACAGACUGUACCAGGACUGCCUCGCGGAGGACACGGGGGGCUCGGUGCAGUCGGCCAGCCAGAGCAGCGCGGCGGGCAAGGAGGCGCAGGAGGGGACCGUCUCCGAGGGCACCGUGGAGACGCUCGUCACCUUGUCUCCCUCCGAGCCGCAGCCGGACCCCGCCCACAAGAACGCGAACCGCGCGGCAGGGAACAGCUACAACUACUCGCUGGGCUCGGCCUCGCUACUGCAGCCCUACCAGGGCCGCAACCCCUGCAUGGAGCGCAACCUCAUGCUGCAGGCCUUGUCUGACGACGAGCUGGCGUGCCAGGGCAACACGCUGGUGGACCGCUCCCUCAAGCACGUCGCGGAGACCCGGGCGCUGGUGCCCCACGACGCGCUGGGCUCGUCCCAGCCCGCGGCGCGCCCCGCCACGCCCAUCCCCUACGUGCAGAACGCGGUGCGCGGGCCGGGCACGAGCGUGCCCAAGCAGCCCAACGUGGCGGGGAGCGGCUCGGCGUGGCGCGGCUGGGGCGGGCUGCGCCGGCGCCUGUUCGGGGCGCGGCCCUCGCGCGACAAGCGCUGCCUGCUGCCCGCGGUGGAGACGCGCGUGUCGCUGCGGCCGGGCGGCGGGGGCCGGCGCCCCGCCACGCUGCCCCUGGACCAGGUGUUCCGCUGCAAGAGCAACGUGAGCGCGGCGCGCCUGCGCCACCCGCACACGCGCGUCAAGACCCCGGGCGACGUGCCCCCCUCCGUGAGGAGGCCGCGCGCACGGCUGUCCCUCUACGACGACCGCAUGAUGGCGCCGGGGCUGUCCUGCGAGCUGCUCUGCAAGGACGAGCGGGCCUCCAGCUUCUAGCUCCGGCCCGUAGAGAUACAUGUAUGUGGUAGGGCAUUAUGAAGGGCACUGCUUCUAGAUAACAGCAGGAACACCUCGGGCAGAACCUCCAUCUUCGUGGAUUCCUCCGUCUAACGUUUUUUUUUUUUCUUUCAGGAUCUCUUUCGUGUCUGGAAAUAUAUUGUGAAAUGUUCGUCAGUUGUAGCUCAGUUUAUAGUCAAUUCAGACAUUGCAGUUACCCGUAAUCUAAUUAAAGGGGCUGCCCUGUGAAUUUUGUUUCAAAAGAAUUUUGUAAAGUACAAAAUUGCGCUGUGUUUUGAACUUGCAUGUAAGACUGUAAGUUCUUUUCUUUUUUUAGCCAAAUAUUAGUAUGAAAAUUUAUAAAUUGUGUUAUAAUAGUAUAUAAUUUUAAUGAGUGCUUUGUAAAAGAUUUUGUUUUUGCGUUAUAUUUAUAUUAUAGGUUUUUUUGAGUAUUUUAUCCAGCAAAUGGAUUUAAUUGGAAGAUGAGAUGGACGAGAAGUUAUAUACGCAUUAGAAGAAUCUACAGAAUCUCGGAAUAUACAUGUUAGUGGAGAAAGAGUGAUAUGACAGUGUCACUCAAAAGGAUUAGGGCAAGUAGUGCUAAGUAGUCACAGCACUAUUAUUUAGCACCGUAGUCCAACAGCAAACCACCAUUACAAGUUGUACUAAAGCAAGCACUUCGUGCAGCACAUACUGUUGUAUACCAUGUGAACGUAACUCGCUGGAAAUUGUGUAGCCUACACUACAAUGGAGGUGAUUCAUCGUGAAAUUAUUUUCUGUUGUGGUGUUUUAUUAUUGAAUGUAAGUGCCAAGUGAAAAAUGCUUUUCUUCAUAAUAAGUUCAAGUAAUUUUAAUUUAGAUUAAUAAAAACACUUCAUAUAACUUUUUUUAAUGAUUUUUCUUGCCUACUAAGAAAAAAUGUAGGCCUUUUGAGAAACUUGUUAACAGAAUUUUACAUUUGAUUUUUAAUUUUUUUACAGACUCUUUUUGUUAUCAUACAUUUGACGUUAUUCAAGUAUUUGCAAGUGUCAUCUCUGAUUUCGUUAUUUUGGGUGUAGCAUCUGAUUAGAAGCUUGAAGGUUUUUAUAAAGUACUCUGUGCUUCAAUUUUGUUGGAUAUUAAUCUACAAAAAUUAUUUGGUUUUGAAGUGGAAAUUGGCACACAGGUGUGGUUGGUACUGCUCACAUGUGAUUUUAAAAAAUUUGCAAACCAUUAAUGUUUUAAGACAGAGGCAAUAGAAAACAUCGACGUGUGGAACUGAAAUAUCUUGUCAGUGAGGAAGGUGAAGUGAAGAACAUCAAAAGAGAGCAAGUCUUACAUAAAUGUGUUUAUGUUUAAUAAGUGAGUUUUUAAUAUAGUUAGGACCCCAAAAAACGGUGAAGCAUGAAAGUCGCAAAAAAAUGACAAUAUUCUGUGGUUUUACAAGUUAUUUUUGCGAAAUCCAAACUUUUUGUGGAAACGCGAAUUUUGGCAUGAAAUACAGUUGUUUCCAGAAGUUACUCGACACCAUAGAUGAAAAAGUCACGCAUUACAUCAUAGAUUUGUAACACACACAACAAAUUUCAAUAGCAAAGUAAUUUGAAAUCUCAAAACUUUUUUUUCACUACAGUGCCAGUCAAUGUUAUUUAUGAAGGCCUCAAACGCAAUGCUUCGCUCUUUGUGCUGUGCGUACAACACAAAGUGAUUCAUCUUGUAUCUUCAUAUCGUUGGUUUUUAGUGUAAAAGCGGCCUUGAUUCCAGACACACUACUAUGCAUUCUUAUUUAUUCCUGGUGUUACGUAAAGUUUAUUUAUUAUUUGAUGUGACUCAACAAAUGUAGCUGUUAAUUCAUGUGGAUAAAAACUUUGUUUAGUGGAAAACUUUCAAACAGAUAUGAAAAAUAAUACAGAAAUAACCCAUCUUCUCACUGAUUUACACUAACGUUUUUGUAAUUUUAUGUUUAUCAAACAAAUUCCUUAUUUACAUAAUUACCUUAAGUCUUUAUGACAACAUCUAGGAAUGUACACUAGGUGUAGGUUCUGAUUGUUUAUGCCAAAUAAUAUAAUUGAUGUACUGCUUUGUUUAGUACCUACCAUGUUUCAUUGAUUUCACAGUAAGCUAUUAAUUUUUUUUUUGUUGAAUUUUAUGAAAGUUAUAGAGAUAGUCAUGUGUAUAUUAAAUAUUUAACUCUGAAUAGAGCCUGUUUUGUGGGGGGGGAAAUAAUACAGUAAAACCCAUUUAAGACGAUAUGGCUUAAGACGUUUUCCAAAUAAAAGGUCAGACUAAUAUAGUACCAAAAGUUUCCCAUGCCAUUAACGUUAACUAGUAUACCUCGUUUAAAACAUUUUGGGGUCAUUAGAUUUUUCCGCUUAAAAAGCACUACAUCAACACAAAAAAAAAAUCUUUGUGUUCUUUCAUAAAUCUUAAACCAUUACAUGCCCAAAUGCAUUCUGAGCAUAUUUCCACUUGUUUUGCACAGUAUGUUUAGGUUUGGGUUUAUAUAUGGAUGCUCGGCACAUCAAGCAGUGCUGUAAAGGUGGGUUUACGAUUGAAAAUUAAGAAUUAAGACUUAAGACUUAGUCGUGUUCUUACCAUAUGACUCUAUGUAAACUAGUGGAAUGGUUUAUUAUUGUUGUGUGCGAACCAUAUGAUGACUUAAGACUUAACAGAAAUGGUUAUAUUUUAUAUUUUUCGUUAAGACUUAAUGGAAGCGACCAAUCACAACAAACCGGAACCUUUCAACCGGAAGUUUAUGUCUUAUUAUUGGACCGAGCGAGGCAGCAUUUUGGGUUAGAAUUCGUAUAUUUGUCAUUUGUAAUCAUCAUCCAUUUCGAAAAAUAGAUAUCCCAUUUGUCAAUAACGUAUUUCAAACCUGCUUCUCCGUUUCGAACAAUGCCCGACCAUGUGUUUUGUGCUGUGAUUGGUUAGAAUUAACGACUUCUAUGUCAAUCAUAAACUGGAAAAUGUAGUUUUGGCUUAAUCGUGUGCUUGAUGUUAAGUUAUAAUUCUUAAGGAAAUCAAUCGUAAACCCAGCUUAACGUCUAACUUGCCCAAUAUGUAUCAGGCCAUGUACGGUAACUAUGGUACUGCAUCCCAUUUUUUUGGCCCGUAACAUUUAACUUGCACAAUACCUAUGUAUCAUGUAUGUAUGUAUAUAUGUAUGUGGAACUUUGUCCGAGUUUAUGCGUCACUUGCCGUUCAUUUGUUUUCACUUCACUUGUGUCAUGCACCAUUUUCAGCUUGGUUAACGGUAAAUAAUAGAUGUAUAUUUUGUACGUGUGUUACUUUUUGAUAAUGCAUAGUACAAAUUAAUUAUGUUUAUGUGGAUAAGGAUAUUUGUACUCAAUUUUUAGUAACAGUUGUUAGUACACUUACAUCUUUAUAAUUUUGUUUAUGUUAACCGUUAACCUAUAUUAAUGUAAACAAAAUUAUAAGGAUGAUACAUUAAAUGACCACUACUGUAGAGACCUGGAAAAAUCAUGUCUCGUGAAUUUGAGAAAAAUUACUUAACACUAUUAACAGUUGGAAAUGAGUUUUAAUGCAAGUUAAAUAUUUCAGGAAAUGUUUGAAUUUGCGAAUUUCUUUGAAAAUGAUUGUAUUCACAUAUUUUUGUAUCCAUUCAAAUAUAUUCACAGAUUUUUAGUUAUUUCACGGAGUUUUUUGUAUAAUUAUUAAAUAAAUAAUCGGGAAUGCAGCUUGACGGCAGAAGAUUAUUACUUUAGCGCAUCAGCCUGAUUUCAGUGGCAGCGGAAGGCAGAGAUUAUAUAAUAAUUUUUUUUAAUUGCAGACAGAUUUUAAAAAUAAUAUCUCACUCUGGUAUAGUUUUUUUUUUUUUUUUUUUUUUUAAUCUUUAAGAAAAUAAUUUUGGUUAUAAUAAUUCAUAUAUAAUAAUAAAUAGAUUAAUUGAACAUAAAAUUUAAAUUGUGAUUCAACCGGACACGCAUGUCGGGCAUGUUCCUUGGCAGAUGCUGCCAGGAAGGAAUAGUGGCCUGUGCUGAUUCAGGCAUCAGCAGUCAAAACAAAAACUUCCUUUGUUCUAUUAACUCGCGCUCCCAAGCCUUCAAGGGGAUGACUAGUUAUGUUAUCUCUUUCAUUCUUGAGUUAUCUUGGGAUAUUUUCAUCACUCCUAGCCCUUUUCUGAAGUGUUUCUCCAAACAUUCUCUAAAUGGGUGCUGUUGUAUUUCAAGUAGUUUACCGUUUUAAGGAGUGGUUAGGAUGGGUAUAUAGGUAUAUUACUAAUAACUGUGGUAUCGUGGAAAUUAUGGUUGGAUUUUGUUAGCUAUAUUGUAAAUACUUAAAAAUAGUAUGAAUUGUUGGUUAGGUUAGUUUAGCUGUAUUAAAAUACUGUAAAACCAUAAUAAAUUACCAAAUUAUAAUGUACACCUAUCCCUCACUUUGCACAACUUAUUCGUUCCUAAAAUUGCUCAUGUUAUUCGAAAUCACGUAUUCUGAAGCAUUAGUUUCUAUAAAUAGCAAGGAUAAUUUAUUUGAAGUGUUCCAAAAUUGUGUAGGAAAAUAUACUUUACGUAAUAUAAAUGUGUUGAAUAACACUCAACUAUAAAUAUUUCCCGCCAUUUUCUUUAUAUGCCUCCCAUCGCACUUUGUAUGACAAAUAUGACACUGUGUAACAGGAGAUACGUGGCUAUGUACUUUAUCGUCAGUCGGCUGGCUGACUUUCCCGCCUGGGCGUGACCUUCAACUCACGUUGCGUACCUUUCCAAACCAUCCUUUACUGACAGUGAAACCGAUAUUACUGUCGGAAUAAUUACAUUUCAAUUUUUCAAAAAUUAAAGUGCUUAUUCACAUAUCACCACCUGGUUCACACCAAUCCUGUCAAGCUAAUUUUUUUUCUUGCAACAAUCAUGUAACAACCUUUUCCACGUGAAUCAUCUGUUCAUUUCUAUUCCGGUAUCUAAUGUAAAAUAUAUUCCCGCUAGUACAUACAACAGCAUCAGACUAAUAAUACGUUUGGUAAGAAUCCUUAUUUCGUACGAUUGUGCGCACAGUUGACUUGCUUAAAACUAAAGUGCGACCAACAUAAGUGUGGCCUUCAUGACAAUUUGCAUGCCGUAAUACUUCUAGUUUUGUCUCAAAUACUUGAACACGAUGCAUUGAGUGAUCAAGCACGUAGUUACUGGCAGCUGAAUAGGAAGACGUUGCUUUUGUUUGAGUGAAUUCCCUGCCACUGGCUUGACUGAGUUGACGGCCCGGUUUGUGGCCAGGCGACAACGGUACGGCACGGCGCCAUACACACGGACGUAAAAACAAUUGACCCUUUACACUCCAUAGCCGCAAUUUAACAUGCCAUAGCUGAUGUUUGUCCAACAGCCAAUAGCGUAGACAGACCUGCGCGCGCAUCUCUUCCCCCCUUGUUUGACUAACUGUAUCCCACGGCACAUCUGUCGUUUACAGAAGUUGAAACAGACUUCGUGGUGUCAUGCUCGACUUUUUUUUUUUCCUGCCAUUUUCGUGCUAAGUUAAAUUUACAGAUGUGCUAUUCAAGACUGAGGCAGUAAAAUUCACAUCGCGUUAAAUUAAUCUGUUCAAUUUUAAGACGUGCUAAGUGAGGGAUAGGUGUACGCAGGUAACUUAACCUAACCAGCUGUUUACACCAUCUUACAAUGUUUUUUAUGUAGCUACUUAACCAAUGGUUCACACAGUUUCACAGUACUUUUAAUGUACCUAACCAAGCCACUCGUUAAAAGGGUAACUUUUUUAGAUAUUAAAUAAGAUAACCCUCUUAGAUAAUGCUUAAAAAAUGUCAGGUUUGUUUAUUUUCUUUAUGGAAAAGUUGUUUUUUUUUCUUUCAUUAUUACAAAAUAAUUCUUUAUAUUCAAUUCAUAGGGUACAGACUACAUAUUUUACGGAAGUAAAAGGCAAAAAAAAAUAUAUACCAAAUUUAUAGCUAACAAAUUUUUUACAACAAUUUUUUGUGCCUCUUUUAUGUACCUACUUUCUGCACUGCUUUUGCCUUUUUUUUAAGAUGAUUUUGAACAAUUUUAUUUAUCAUUUUCUAUGGUUACUAAUACAUAUAUAGUACCUGCACCUAGUGCAACAUGAUGAUUUUUUGAUAUACGUGCCACGGAUCCAGGGAACAUGCAUAGGAACAUCAAUUGAUGUGAAGUUUGCAGUUUUUUUCAUGUUUUAAUCACAGUCAACGUAAUUAAAAAUGUUUAUUUUGGAUUUGACGUCGGGGGAGGGGGGGGGUUUACGUGAUUAACUAAUUGGGUGCUUUAAGGACCGUGGACUCGGUCCCGGGAUCGUGACGUGGCCCGUGUGGGUGCGUGCAGGUUUGAAGCCUGCCUACCAACCUGCUCUGAGCACUGCCAAGUAAUGGUCGUCGGUGGGCGCUUGGGGCCGGUACACGUGGUCGCACAAUCCAGUACUCACAGAUUCUGGUCGAGACGUGCACGAGCGAACACAGUAAUGAAAGUAAACUUCAUGUGAUGAGCUGCAAAAGAUGCCGCUGGCAGUUCGGCCAGUUUAGGGCCGGACCAGGACACCGCGUGGCCUGGCCUCUAGACGAAGUCACGCUGUUUGAUUUAAAACGUACUUUUGAACUUCAAUGCUUAAUUAAACAAGUCUGCUAUCCGGGGCAGGCCUCGAAGAUAAAGAAAAAGGUUUACAACUACAUUAAUGACGGCGGGUGCUAAAGAUCAGUUGAAUUAGAACAGUGGAGUCGACGAGGUGCGUAGGAUGUCUCUCCUCCCCCGGGCAGCGGCUGAGAGAGUCUGGGGUGUCGUCGGGGUGUCAUGGCGGUAGAAAGCAGUUGUAUUACCGUUAGGCCGUUUAUAUUUGCGUGAAACGGACAACCCUACAAAACCUCUCGAGCACUAAAUAAUAAAUUACAAUUAAUUAUUACUAUUAGGGAUUAAUUACAUUUAAUUGUAGUAAUUAUGAAUUAAGUUCUAAAGAAAACUGCACACAUAAUGGUUAAUUCCAAAAUGUUUGUGCACUGCUCUGGUUCGUCCAUUUUCGCGUAAACGUCGCAUGUUGUUUUUGGUCCCGCUAUUAUAUCCCGAGCGCUUUGUGUAGGUAUCUUUUCCGUAUAAAACGAUUUAUUUUAAAGUAGAAAUCUAAUAUAUAUUCAGACAUUACCACUUACUUAUUUUAACGGAAAUACUAAGUUGUUUGACGUGUAAAUUUUUUUUGAAGACUUUUUCAACGUUAUAACCUUUUUCUGACUGCCUGCGUCGCCGCGGUGUACCGCUUUUAAACAUGUAGCCAGCGCUAGUUGGCAUCAUUCAUGUUUGGUUAUGUUGCUUCCCGUAUAGAGCGCGCACACGUAGUCUAGUAUCGAUAUCUCGCCGAUUGCAUGCAACGCGUGCUCUCUGACAGGUGCCGAGUUAAAUAGAUUUGAUGGCCCGCAUUCUUUCGUGGCAAGUGUGUACUACGACAGUUACGCGUUCACGUCACAUAUUCAAGUGGCUUGCGUUCGAGUCAUAGAUUUUGUUUUUCUAAGCAAAGUUGAAGAAAGGUUUUUGUUAAAUGAAUUAUUAAUAUAAAUUUUUUGGCGUGCUAUUGUAUACUCCACCUUUUUUUAAAUAAACGUAAUUUCCAUGAACAGGUUUUGCUUUUAUGAAUAACUUUACCUAACAAAAAAACUUUUUUCCCGCAUAAUCGUCGCACCCCUACUUUUCAAACUUGAUUUUAGAAUAAAAUGUGCGACGGUUAUGCAAGAAAACACAGUAAAAUAUAAGUAAAAUUACAAAUUAUAUUAAUUAAAACAUUAUUUGAGGGGUGCGUGGCACAGACUCUGGGGCGGACACACGCGCUCACACACUUGUUGGCGGGAGGUUUGAAUAGAGGGUGAUGGUGGGGGAGACACAUCGAGCUCAGGGAGGGCGUAGCCCCGGUCAACGUCAGAUUAGUACCAACCAUUAUGUGUGGAACUGAGAGUUGAGGAAAACCCUUUUAAGAAGUUCCUAUUUAAGAAGAUUGCCUGUUUUAAAUCUUUAUCAAAUCAAGUUUUAAAUAUUUUUGCACAUGACAUGCAAAACACUUUUAAAAAGUUUUUUGUUGGUAAAAUUAAAUUUUCAAGUUCCAUGAGGUAUUAGAAAUUCUUAACAGAGAAAUGCUGAUUCCCUGUAAAAAUAUAUUUUUUUUCCUUAAAAAGAAGUUUGUUGUUUUCCUUCUUUUUUUUUCUGUGCUGGGUUUUUUGGGCAGUCACAAUCUGUUGUCCUUGUAAUGUUUAAGAGAAGUCAUGUUUAGAGUAACAUUUCCAAGACACUAAGGACUGCUGACAGUUGACCAUCAACCACACGUUUGAUAUUUAACUAUUUAACAAGAAUCUUUCAUACUAGGUGUGUACUUAGAUUGGUUGUAAUGAAUUUCCUAAAUUAAAUUAAUGUGGUCUAUUUUAUGUAAGUAACAACAAAAUCCAAUUACCGUAGUCACCCGAAAAUAAGACAAGAGUUUUUUGUUCGCCUUAUAACCAACAGCAAUGGAGAAUUUGGGAAAAUGAUAAGUUGUUAGUUGUUAUAUUGUAAAAAUUGUUAAUUGAAAAAUAAAAAUUUUAAAAUUACAUUUUUUUAAAUUGAAUGGAAGUUUUAUAGAUGACAUAAAAACAAGUUAUGCAUUUUUAAUUUGCCCAGAUUUGGGCAAGAUAAUGUAAAAUUACAUAUUUAAAAAAAAAAAUUUUUCUGUUAAGUGAGCUAAAAUUUUUCUUGGAAUAUUGACUUGUGUAAUAGGGGUCAUCUCACAUUCAGGGUCGACUUAUUUUCGGGUGAAUACGGUAUACAUGUGUGAUGUGUGUGUGUGUUAGGUUUUUUUAUGCGGUCAAGAGAUUUUAGAAAUUGUGUUAUAAUUUUGUCAUUGGCUGUGCAAAGUUUUUGCUCAAUAUAAUUAUUAAGAUCUCUGUGAUUGAUACUUUUUGAAUGAUUUGUUCUCUGCUGCAAUGUUUGAAUGUGGUUGAGUUGAACACUUCUCUUAGAAAACUUUUUUUUUUGGGCCAAACACAUGCCUGACUUAUCAAAUGGUUUAAUCUUUGUAUGUUUGUAAUUUUAAUUGCAAAUGUUUUCUUUUAAGUGGGUUUUAUUGCAAGAUAUGAAUUAAAUGUGUAUCUUUUAAUGUGUUUGGGGUUAUCAUAGAUACUUCA